AUGGACAACCCACCGCUCGCCUCCCCCCUCCCCGCCUCUCCCUCCCGCGCAUCGCCCCCGCCCCCCACCAGCUCGCGCACUAGCCUCGUCAUGGGCGGUUUCAGCCCCGUCCCAUCCCACCAGGCCCUCCCUGCCGUCCCCGAGUCCAUCUCCACCUCCCCCCGAGCACCCCAGCUGCCCCUCAACACACAGGCGGCAAACCUGAUCCGCAUGAACUCGUUUGCGCCUCAGGUGUCGACCCCUGUCGACCAGGUCUACAGCUUUACAGACGAGAGCCCUAGAUUACUGCAGCACUCGCCCAGGGCGAACGCUGCUAAUCUGGGAAGCGACUACCUGCCCAGGUCGAGGCGGAACUCGGCUGCGAUCGUGUCCAUUUCCUUGAGCUCGCGCUCGCGGUCACGCACGCCACAGGGGAGUGUGAAUGUGCCACCCGGCACCCACACCGCCCAUGGCACGCCCAGCAAAAAGUACUCGGAGGAGCCUGUCGAGAUGUCUGAUUCUUGGGCGCCGGGCGUGGAAGAAAUGGAUGACUGGCAGCCCACCGGUGGGAUGCUGCUUGAUCAUGGCGAGGAUGAGGUGGCAAGGGUCGAGAGUCAGGUGGAUGACGACAAGGUGGGGCGGACAUGGAGUGGAGACUCGGAUGCGUCGAGGAUUGUGGAGGAUGUCUUGACGCAUGGCAUGGUCAUUGGCGAAGGCCUCAAGUUUCAGGGAGAAGUCAUUGUCCCCGCAGUGUCGAGGAUGGCUUUGGCCGAUGGGAGCGAUGUAGGGUUGCCACUCAGAAGAGGCGGGAGUGAGGCGACAAAGGUCUUGAGGACGGAUGGCAGGACGGAGAAGAAACGAUACGAGGUCGUGAGGAGGUUGGGGACUGGAAGUUAUGCUGUGGUGUAUCUUGUCAAGGAGCGUGGUGGCAAGAGGGAGUUUGCUCUGAAAUGCCUCAGUAAACACGAUCUGGCUGACGAGCAGCUCGAAACGCAACUGUUUGAAGCGCACAUCCACCUCUCUUUGCCUAUCCAUCAGAACAUUGUCACUUUGCAUCAGACGCUCCAAACACGGAAAUGGUUGUUUCUGAUGCUAGAACUUUGUCCCGGAGAAGACCUCUUCUACUGGCUGGAAAAAUCCCGUGACGCCUCUCCCAAACCCAACCAUGCUCCUCUGCCCGAGGACCAAUUCUCAUCAUCCAAACUCUCCUCUUCAUCGAUCCCCUUUUCAUCGUCUCAAAUGUUCUCCAAUCUCAACAGCAUCGCUUCGCCUGCCUCGCUCAUCUUUGCGCACCACAAUGGCGGGUCCUACGGAUCGCAUUUCAUGCCGUCUCAAACGCCCCCCACCCCAUCACUCCUCUCUGCAUUCUCCGCCAACACCCUCUUGUCCCAACGUCGUCUUCGCCUGAUCGCUUCCAUGUUUUCGCAAAUGUGCGAAGCUGUCGCCGUCUGCCACGAUGCUGGCGUUAGCCACCGGGAUAUCAAGCCCGAGAACUUUAUCUGCUGCGACUCGCCGUUGGUAGACUUUGGUCCGCAGGCAAAGAGAAAGGUGGUCGUCAAGUUGACCGAUUUCGGGUUGGCGACGACAGAGAGGGAGAGUGGGGAUGUCGAGUGUGGCAGUAAGCCUUACAUGUCUUAUGAAUGCCGAAACAAUCUCGGCCCCACCUACUUUCCCGCUCCCGCCGACGUCUGGUCACUCGGUAUCGUCCUCAUCAACAUGCUCUUCCACCGAAACCCCUGGAAAGACCCCGCACCCGGCGAUCCCAACUUUGACUCCUUUCUCAACGACCCCAUCGCAUUCAUCCUCACAAAGUUUACCGGUAUCGGCCGUGAAGUCGCGUCAUACUUGGCCGACCAUGUGCUGUGUAUCGACGUCGACGAGAGGGUGGAUGCGAGAGAGUUUGCGAGGUGGGUCAAGGGCUUGCCAGAGAUGAUUGGAGGGAGAAAGGCGAUGCAGGCGAUGAAGAUGUUGAGGUUGGAGACGCAAAAGACUGCUGGUGGGCAAGGUCCUUUGGACAAGGGUGUCUUUAUGAAGAGCCCCAUCGACCAGGUCGACCGACCGCGAAAGUACUCGACCUCGGCUUUGACGUCUACCGCGCCAGGGAUCAGCUCGUCUCCUCGACUGUCCGACCUUCCUCCACCAAGUAGUCUUCUCGAACAACCAGAGGAAGAGCGCGAGCCAAGCACGCCCUCGCCCGAAGCUUCCCCUCCCACCCCGCCUCUCGAGCCGGAUAUGGCUUCGGCAACGACGUCAGCCACGCGCGAUGAGCAGACCACCCCGGCGGAUGCGAGCAACUUUCCUUCGCCCUCUGAUUACGCUCCCAGCUCUGCUGCGCUAGGGGCGGAUGAGGAUGACAGAGACUGCUCGCGGGAUAGAGCUGACGCCGAUUCGCGCUCGCUUUCUACUCACAAGAGGAGGAAGCGUGGGGUGAGGAAGGGCAAGGCGGCGCAAGCUGCUGCUGCUGCCGCGGCCGACCCUCUGACUCAGGCCGCUCGAGAUGAGCUUUUGAAGGAGCUCGCAUCCGCGUCCCAGUCCCUCGCACGCGAAAUGUCCAAAGUUCAUACGCCUAGUGUGGAUGUCAAUCGCAUUGAAGACUUCCCACCCCUUGGUGUCACGGCCGCUCAAGUAGCUGCCGAGAAGAAGAGCAAGUGGAAGGACAUGAUCAAGCUGAGCAGCCAAGGCAAUCCCGAGCUGGCGGCUUUGGCAAAGAGAAUGAAGGACAGGGACGCGGAUGGCAGUAUGAACUUGAGUGCGCCGGCAAAGCUGCAGGGUGGCAAGAAUGGCGCGCAGGGAGGCGCGAGCAGGCGACAUGCCUAUACCCAAGCAACAAUGAGCUCGGGCGCAAGCAGCGGAAUCUCGAGCUUUGGACAAGCGUCCAGUGCCACUAGCGUGGGUGAAGAGGAUAAGGAGUUUGCACAGAGAGGCAGGGACAAGAAGAGCCAUCAUUAUGUGCAUGGCCAGGAUGAGGAGGCACGGGCCAAGAAGGCAGAGGCGGCUGCAGCUGCCAUCGCCGGUGCUAUGGGUCCUAUGGGAUCUUUCGGACGUCCUAGUCAUAUGGCACCGAGACACGCCCAUACGACUGGGUCGACGGGGCCAACCUCGGGCCUUGUGCACAGCUCGAAACCCAUCACCUUUACGUCUCCCCCUCCCGCUCACUCUCAGCCUCUGUCAGCCGAGAAGCCGCAACCCAUUCCUGCUCAGACCUACAAAGGUUACUCUUCAGCCUCGCCGACUUCCAUCAAGCCCAGUCUCUCGUCUGUUGAUAGCUCAACAACUAUCCGGACUAUGACGGGUACUGCAGGCAGGUCAACUGCUGCCACAGAGUCGGUCAACUCGAUGUCGUCGGGAGCGACGACCGUCAUGGGAGAGAGUCCUGGCCAUGCCACGUCACCGAACAAACCCAAGUUGAAGGGUCAGAUCAGUUCGUUGGCCAAGAUGCUGUCGGGGCUCAAGACCAAGGGGAAAGAGUGA